AUGUCAGGUUCGACUGUAGAACACAAUGUAUUCAAUGGCACACAUGAUAGUUUCGGCCUCCAGAUGACGGAGAUAGCACCGAGUUUGCAGCCCAGGGCCGUCCUCCUGAGGUUGAUUGAGCAGGACAGAGAAGAACUGCAAUCUAUAUCCCUGAUGAUUGAUACACGAAGGCGACACAAAGGAGAGCUAGAAAACAGCCUAGGGAAAAUAAAGGAGAAUUUUGAAGCUGUUUCAAUUCUACACGAAUGCUUUCAGGCCCGAAUCAAAGGAAACGAGGAAAGCCUUGCACGGAUCCUAAAAAAGCGACAUGAAUUAAAGGUUAAUCCAGAUUCAAAUGGCUCAGAUGUCAACAAUAAGACCGAUGAGUCUCUCUUGCUAGCUAUUUCGAAGAUCUAUGAAGCCGAAAUAGGCCUCGCUCAAUCGAACCUAGAGGCAGAUGCCAAAAAGCUAGAUGAAAUGGCACUCAAAAAGCACGAGCUAAAUGUUCGAAUGCGUCUUGCCCAAUUUCUUCUGGAUGCGGAGACCAAGUAUCUCACAUCUUUGGUGAAUCACCAUCAAGAUCUCACGUUGACAAUUUCGGAAAAGCGGAAUAUUGCUCUAAACUCGAUAAUCCUCCCAGAUACGAUCCUCCUUCAUAUCUUUCAUCAAGUACUGGAGAGUUCCAUAGAAGAGGCUCGAAUGCAGGUCGACCAGCCCACAAAUAAUAUAACCUUGACUCUCACACGGGUUUGCAGGAGGUGGAGGUAUUUGGUAAAAGAUACUCCUUCGUUGUGGAGAUACAUACCCCUCGCGAUAAAUUACACCCGUAAUAAGAUAGGCAAACCCGCCUACUAUCUAUCGCACGUUUCCCAGGCCCAAAAGCUAGUCUUCCAUUGGCCUCUGCAGUUACUAGAUAUUAACAAGCCAGCACUACAUUUAUAUGCUGGAUUCUAUUCCAAGCGUGAUGCCAUGCAUCACUAUCACGCACUUUUACAGGCAGAGCCACUUGCGAUUCUCCAAGCACAGAUCUCGAAAGAGCAUAACUUGCUCCUCUGUAAUUUUAAUUCGAUAGAAAUCAUUGGGAGGAAUGCACAUAAAACUUUCAAUUUGCAAGUGCCUGCAGAGUGUUACAUCAUUCGAGAGCUACGACCUAUCUCUGUUGAUGAUCAA